CCCACAUGCCACUCCGUAGUCAUUGGUUCAUGCCUGGCGCGCGCUGGUUCAAGGGUGGCCCUCUGGCGCAAGCCAAUUGGGCGCCCUUCGAUCCGCGCGCUCCGCAUGGUGGUUCGGGGGGCGGCUGCAGGAAACUGCCCGUGGCCUUCCACGCAGGACCGCAGGCUGGCUCGACGCCGUGCCCGCGAUGCCUGCGAGCGCGGGCUCUGGAGAGCCCAGCGCGGGCUCUGGAGAGCCCUGCGCGGCCGUGGAGACCCGCCCUGUAGCGGCACCGCGCUCGUGGCCCUGGCGGAGGAGGUCAACAGGCGCGAGAGGCUGUCGCGGGGGGUGCUGGUCUCGAGGAUCCUUGGAUCGCGAACGGCUCACGGCGACGUGCUCAUCAGGAACUGCUGCUCCCAGCACGCGCGGGACCUUCCCGAGGACGGGGCAGGGAUGGCGCUGUGGCGGGCAGCCGCGCGCGGACCGCGCCUCGGCGCUGGGGGCUUCCCUGCUGCUGGAGUUCCGGAUUGUCUUCCGAGUGCUGGGCGCCGGGAAGCACUGCGUGAUGAUCGCCUUCCAGUACCUAUGUCGCAGGCGGGGCAUAGCGGUUCCCACGGCGUCGAAGAUGUUCGGGGCGGUGGCAGGGUUGACUGCGCUUUGCCUUCGGACGCGCCUCAGGCGCGCGGCGGGGCCGCUGCUUUCAUCAGCUGCGCGUUCGAGGGCGAUGGCGACAGCGCCUCCUCCGACCAGGGCCUCAGUGAGGAGGGGGAGCCGGCUUCCGUCGACGCUUCGGAGCGUGGCUCUUCUCAUGCAGGCUGUGCUCUGGGCGGCUCCGCGUCCGCCGCCGCGCCUUCGGCGCUGCGGGCCGACGCUCCGGAGUUUUGGCCCGUCGUCCAGGAGCUGAUUCCGCGUUUCGAGGAGGCCAACUACACGCUGGCAGAGUGAUCGAAGACUCCCGAGGUGGACUCCCUUCCCGAGGUGCACCUGUGGCGCCACGGUGUUGUAGGGCAUCCCUGCUGCUGCGCUGCCGCCGUUCGUCAGUCGCUGUGUGGAGGGGUGGCCGCGCCAUGGUCGCUACGGGAGCGCUGGCGGCCCAGGCUCACCAGGUGUAGGCGCCACUGACAGCAGUGUUGGCAGAACUGCCAGACCUUUUGCGAUGCACUGCUCGUCGUCUUCCUCGUCGUUGGCGGCCGUCCACAGCUUGCAGAGCGGUGAACGCUUCUCGGGUAUUCUAUUCCUCGAGCUCUGCUACCGUGGGCGCAGGGCGGCGCCCUGGUGGAUUGCUCGUAUGGUGGUCUUCGAAGCGUGGUUCGGCCCUCUGUUGCAUCCUCCUGAGCUGGCCCUCGCCCCCGCGUUCGAGUUUAUCGAAUCGGCCGACGGUUUGUCUGACUUGACUUGGCGGUACGGCUGUCAGUCUCCAGAUUGCGUUCGGCACGUGCUGCGCGAACCGCGCUGAUCAUAAAACAAGAGCCCACACGCCAGCGCUCGCAUGCGCCCACCGCAUCCACUCUGGCACAUCUCUCACACGUUGUGCGGCCCC